AUGUCAAACCAAACUGAAUCUUCCGACUCCAAACCAUCGAAGAAAGAUCUCAGCACAGCUAUUCUUGAGAAGAAGAAGUCACCAAACCGGCUCGUUGUAGACGAAGCCAUCAACGAUGACAACUCUCUCGUCUCUCUCCACCCUUCCACCAUGGAAAAGCUCAAUUUUUUCAAUGGCGAUACGAUUCUCAUCAAGGGCAAGAAAAGGAAAGACACAGUCUGCAUUGCUCUUUCCGAUGAAUCAUGUGAGGAACCAAAGAUCAGAAUGAACAAAGUCGUAAGGUCCAGCUUAAGGGUUAGACUCGGAGACGUUGUCUCUGUUAACCAAUGUCCAGACAUCAAGUAUGGAAAACGUGUCCACAUCUUGCCGGUUGAUGAUACCAUACAAGGUGUUACCGGAAACCUCUUCGACGCUUACUUAAAACCUUACUUCCUCGGGACUUACCGUCCGGUGAGGAAAGGUGAUCUGUUCCUAGUGAGAGGAGGAAUGAGAAGUGUGGAGUUUAAAGUCAUCGAGAUUGAUCCUCCUGGUGAGUAUUGUGUGGUGGCUCCAGAUACAGAGAUUUUCUGUGAAGGUGAACCAAUAAAGAGAGAAGAAGAAGAAAGGCUUGAUGAAAUCGGUUAUGAUGAUGUUGGUGGAGUCAGGAAACAGAUGGCUCAGAUUAGAGAGCUUGUUGAGCUUCCUUUGAGACAUCCACAACUGUUCAAGACCAUCGGUGUAAAGCCACCAAAGGGUAUCUUGCUUUAUGGACCUCCCGGGUCAGGAAAGACUUUGAUUGCCCGUGCGGUGGCUAACGAGACAGGAGCGUUUUUCUUCUGUAUUAACGGACCAGAGAUCAUGUCUAAGAUGGCUGGUAAGAGUGAGAGCAAUUUAAGGAAUGCAUUUGAGGAGGCAGAGAAGAACGCUCCUUCUAUUAUAUUCAUUGAUGAGAUUGACUCUAUUGCACCAAAGAGAGACAAGACUAAUGGAGAGAUUGAGAAAAGGAUUGUCUCUCAGCUUCUCACGCUUAUGGACGGGUUGAAAUCUCGUGCACAUGUUAUCGUCAUGGGAGCUACGAACCGGCCCAAUAGUAUCGACCCGGCUUUGAGAAGGUUUGGGAGAUUCGACAGGGAGAUUGAUAUUGGUGUCCCUGAUGAAACCGGACGUCUUGAAGUUGUUAGGAUCCAUACCAAGAACAUGAAGCUAGCUGAAGAUGUGGAUCUUGAAAGAAUCUCCAAGAACACACAUGGAUACGUUGGUGCUGAUCUUGCAGCUCUAUGCACUGAAGCUGCUCUUCAAUGUAUAAGAGAGAAGAUGGAUGUGAUUGACUUGGAAGAUGACUCUAUCGACGCUGAGAUUCUCAACUCCAUGGCUGUGACUAAUGAACACUUCAACACUGCUCUUGGAAACAGCAACCCAUCCGCGCUUCGUGAAACCGUUGUGGAGGUUCCAAAUGUGUCAUGGGAGGAUAUUGGAGGUCUUGAGAAUGUUAAAAGAGAGCUACAAGAGACUGUUCAAUACCCUGUGGAGCAUCCCGAGAAGUUUGAAAAAUUCGGUAUGUCUCCAUCAAAGGGAGUUCUUUUCUACGGUCCACCUGGUUGUGGAAAAACCCUUUUAGCCAAAGCUAUAGCCAACGAGUGCCAAGCAAACUUCAUCAGCGUCAAGGGACCUGAGCUACUCACGAUGUGGUUUGGAGAAAGCGAGGCUAACGUCAGAGAAAUCUUCGACAAAGCUCGUCAGUCCGCGCCUUGUGUUCUGUUCUUUGACGAGCUAGACUCCAUUGCAACUCAGAGAGGAAGCAGUGUUGGCGACGCAGGAGGUGCAGCGGAUAGAGUCUUGAAUCAGCUCUUGACGGAGAUGGAUGGUAUGAAUGCGAAGAAGACGGUGUUUAUCAUCGGAGCAACUAACAGACCUGACAUUAUUGAUCCAGCUCUGCUUCGACCAGGAAGACUAGACCAGCUAAUCUACAUUCCUUUACCUGAUGAAGAUUCUCGUCUCAACAUCUUCAAGUCUUGCUUGAGGAAGUCUCCUGUUUCUAAAGACGUGGACUUGACCGUGCUAGCUAAGUACACUCGUGGAUUCAGUGGUGCGGAUAUCACUGAGAUUUGCCAGAGAGCUUGCAAGUACGCCAUUAGAGAGAACAUCGAGAAUGAUAUUGAGAAGCAGCGUAGAAGUAGAGAUGGUCUAGAGGCCAUGGAGGAAGAUGAAGUUGCGGAGAUUAGAGGUGCUCAUUUCGAAGAGUCGAUGAAGUUUGCAAGGAGGAGUGUGAGUGAUGCUGAUAUAAGAAAGUAUCAAGCUUUUGCUCAGACGCUGCAACAGUCAAGAGGGUUUGGAACUGAGUUCAGAUUUGACCCAAGCACGGGUACUGGACGGACCACUGGUGGUGCAGCCACUGAUCCCUUUGCAAUUUCUGCAGCUGCUGCCAAUGACGACGAUCUUUACAGUUAG